AUGAGUGGGGAUGGCCCCGUUCAACAGCAAUAUUCAAGUAGUGUAGGGGUAGACGAGAACGGAGAUGUGGUUUACCAUCAUGAAGGCGGCGUACGAGUCUUUGGACAAGAGCCACAUCUCAUCAGAAUGGACGAUGGGCGAAUCGUUGAGAUGAUUGGACACGAACAAGAGCAAGAAAUGCAAUAUGACGUGGUACCUGAUGUACAAGCUCGAGAAGAUCAAGAAAAGAAAAUUGUCCUUGGACCACCAGUGAAGUGGAAAAAAGUCGUCAAUUCUUCUGGACCAUCUCCACGGCCUCGUCAUGGGCAUCGCGCUGUAGCCAUCAAAGAUCUUAUGAUUGUUUUCGGUGGUGGAAACGAGGGAAUUGUUGAUGAACUUCAUGUUUUUAACACAACAACCAAGCAGUGGUUUGUUCCUUCCGUGAGAGGUGAGGUUCCAAGCGGGAGUGCAGCAUAUGGCAUUGUAUGCAAUGGCACGCACAUUUUCACGUUUGGAGGGAUGGUGGAAUAUGGGCGGUAUACAAAUGACUUGUAUGAAUUACAAGCAGCACGAUGGGAAUGGCGGAAGCUGCGUCCACGUCCCCCUCGUUCUGGAGGAUCCGGUCCUUGCCCUCGGCUUGGUCACUCGUUCUCUUUAGCAAGUAACCAGGUUUGUUAUGUGUUCGGAGGUCUAGCCAAUGACUCACCUGAUCCAAAACAGAACUCGUCGUUGUAUCUUGAUGAUUUCUUUUCAUUAGACAUUCGCGGACCGGUAGGGUCACUCCAAUGGGAACAACCUGUGACAUACGGUGUACGUCCAUGCGCCAGGGAAUCACAUACGGCGGUUGUACUUGAAACAGACUCUCGUCGCCAACUAAUCAUAUACGGUGGUAUGAACGGAUCGCGAUUGAAUGAUGUUUGGAUACUGGAUAUAGACUCCAUGACAUGGGACAGCCCUAUGGUAAGUAUUUUAAUAAUUGAACCAUUUUCGAUAGUAUGGAGUUUAAGUUUCGAGCUGCGCUGA